AUUGAAGUAAUUCUUCAGUAUGAGAACUUUGCUAACUCACGUGUUGCUCUAUGCUCUCAUAUUAUCAAGUACAUCAUUAGGUGAGGAAACUCCUUUCAAUUUUCAACGUGUUGACGAUGCUACUUUAAACUUAAAACUGUCACGUAUUAGUGACGAUGACGUGAAAAUAUAUUACAGGAAUAAAAAGACACCAAACAAUGAUCUUCCAUUAAAUACGUCAGAGGUUUCGCAAUUAGGAUCUAGUGGGUUUUCUGCAGAAAAGGAUACAGUGUUGGUAAUCCAUGGUUGGAACAGUAGUUACAAAUCCGAAAUUAACGUAGGCCUUUCCGAAGCUUACUUAAGCAAAUACGACAUUAACCUUUUAGUUGUUGAUUGGAGUCGUGUGGCAAACGAUUUGUAUGCAAUAGCUAGUGCAUCUGUCGAAAAAAUUGGACAGAUAGUUGGAAAUUAUAUAAAAACCCUGCAGCAAAAGUUCAAGUUGGAUUUAAAUAAAACAGCUAUUGUAGGCCAUUCCUUGGGAGCUCAUGUUGCAGGAGUCGCAGGCCGCACAGUUGGUGGACUUGCUAACUAUCUUAUAGGAUUGGAUCCAGCGUGGCCGUUAUUCGUAGUUUUGCACAGAAACAUCCGGCUAAGGCCAACAGAUGCAAAAUUUGUCCAAAUUAUCCACACAAGUGAUGUGGGUAUACAGGUCAGUCUUGGUCAUUCAGAUUACUAUCCAAAUGGGGGACUUCGUCAGCCGGGAUGUCCGCUUGUCUCUUACGAUUUAUGUAGUCAUGUUAGAGCGCACAUUUAUUUAGCAGAAUCUAUAAAAACUAACCGUUUCAUCGCAAAACAAUGCAGGAAUUACUUGGAUUUUAAAACUGGAUGUCGAGGACCUCAAUCAUAUAUGGGAGAGUUUUAUAUUGAUAAAAACGCACGUGGAACCUACUAUUUGGAUACUAACAGUACUCCACCAUAUGCAAAAGGUUAACAGGAAUUUAAAUUGUUAUAACUCAAAUGUAUCAAAUUGAUUAAAAAUUAUAUACU